GCCGCCGGCCACAUCAACAUUUCGGCGGCCACACCAAGAUUUCGGCGACCACGGGAGGGGCGGCGCGUCUCAACUGCCUUCUUUCUAGCCAUACGGGCGGCCCGGCAACUCAAGCAGUCCACGGGCGCGUGGAGCACGAGAGCGGCGGCGACGACUCCGGCGACCACGGCGCGGCAACUCCGUGCGCUCGUCAUGGUGGUUCUGCUCCGACUCGGGCUCUAGGUACUCUGCCAUUGCCUAUCUGCAAUCCGAGCCCGGCCGGGAGUCAGCCCACUUCUUCUUCAUAAAUAAGAGGAGGGAGGGAUUCGAAGCCCUCUCACAUCCUAGAUCUGGAUUCCAGUCACAUUGUCGUGUCCUUGCCCUUCCGUUGGCAACCUCGUAACUAUCAGAAUCAAAAAAUCAAUCUUUAGAUCCAGUUAGAAGAACAUGUCCAAGCGUCAGCACUCGCACCUCGACGGCGACCGCACCGGAAAAAGGCCGCGGCGUGCGCCCAAGAAGCAGCUCUACCUGGUGCUGGAUGAUUGGGACACGGGCUUCAGCAUCUACAAGGUUGAUGCCGACACUUUACAAGAUACCCGCACCAGCGACGUGCAGUUUGGGUUCCCUGACCCUCCCGUCCUCCGGUUUCCCGUGCCAGUACGCCAUCUUGGCAUGAGCUUCACGGCCUUUGGUAACAGCAUCUUCAUCGCCACCAACCCACACUGUCCACAGACUCCCAUCCUCCUAUAUGAUACCGAGAUAGCGGGAAUCACAAUCGGGCCAAGCCUACCACGUUCACUGCUUGGUGGCAUUGACAUCUCUGUGGCCGCCGGUGAUGCGUUGUAUGCAUUGACAUCUCGCCAUGCCGGCGAGCAGCACUCUUUUGAGGCCAUGUCAUGGGCAGCCACGGGAAGCGAUGAGAUGUGGGAUCCACGGCCAGCCAUGGACUGGUCCUGGAAAAGUGUGCCGUCGCCACCGCCAUUUGCCAGGGAUGAUAUAAUUUCCUCUUACGCGCUGCACCCGGACGGGCACACCAUAUUCAUGUCUGCACACGACAGUCUUUAUCAACAUGUUCCAAAGGGUACCUUCUCAUUCGACACCAAGCGCUCUGAGUGGAGGUGGCAUGGGGAAUGGGCUCUGCCUUUCCAAGGGCAAGGCUACUACGACAGCGAGCUAGGCGCAUGGAUUGGGCUCCGUAAAGACGGGUACAUUUGUGCCUGUGAAGUUGCCUCCCGCAGCCGCGAAAGUGCUGUGCAGCCAUAUUGUAAGAUUGCGAAGGAGAAGUUGUUCCUCAAAGUCCCGGAGCGGCGACUGGCAGCAACAAGGGCCACCCUCGCGUACAUGGGCAACAGCAACUUUUGCCUUGUCGAUUGUGUGCAGCGCGAGGGAGUGGAGCCUACAUGCGUCUUCGAUUGUUGCGUGCUCCAUAUGAGCACGUUUGGGCUUAAGUAUGAUCACAGAGGAGAGCUGCAAACCACGCGCCACUGCUCUAACUCUUGUGUAGUGUCUAAGCAUAUCCUGUCCUUUUCUCCUGCAGUGUUCUGGAUGUAAGAGGUAUUUUGCUUGUUUUAUGCAAGACCUGCUGUGUAAUCGUGAUGUAAGCUGCUGUGAUAUGUGGCACUACUACGAAGAGAAAUAAAAAGAAGUUGGUUCCCUUUUGCAAUUUUCUUGAACCUGAGCCUGGACAUGGUCACAUGUUUCAAGAACUAGAAGCGCUGUACUUUUGCUGCUUGCGAGACAGGGAUUAGAAAAUGUGGUGCAACUAAAGAAGUGUUUAUUCAAUUUUUUCCUCCAAAGAUUAGAUAAUCCUGUAUCUAACUGCCAUGAUCACUCUUUCACAACUAAGAGUCUAAGAUCCCCAUGUCUAGAAAGACAAAUAUUUAGGAACGGAGGGAGUAUAUCUUAUUUCAGGAUUAGUGGCAGGGAAGUGUCUAGUCAUCUCUCUUCAGGUAGUCAUCAGAAAAACAAUGGCAGGGAAGCGGGAUUAAUGGCAUGGAUAGAUAGGUAGAAUAAAACCUUGAACGCAGUACCUGUGUUAUACGUUAACAUGUUUUCUCAAGAUCCUCAUGUACUACCUUAUAUUUUCAUGCAUAAGGAGUUAGGUUUGGAUGGAACCCAAGCUUUCCAAUGUUGUUGCAGAUCUCUUUUCGGUAUAAAGCCCGAAAUUGCCAGCGGAUGGCCAGUGAGCUAAAAAAAACCGAAAGAAUGGUCAUACACACUCCUCUUAUAGAUAGGAUGAACAAAGAACAAAAGGCAGUUUGAAACAGCAUAGUGUCGGCUGUCAAAAGUUGUUUGCAUGACAUAGCAGUAACAGCUUAACAAUGGCUUCGGACAUGAGUUAUUUCCAAGGAACAAUAGACCAGGAAGCUCUUGCAAGUUGCAACCCCUUUUAGUGUUUGUUGUUCACCCUCUGGAACAAUUCAUGCCCCAACUAGAAGACCGAUGGUUAUAGUUUCACCUGAAACUGUUUGAGCUGUACAAUGUCCAAAAAAUGGUGGAGUCAUAUAUUAAAAAUAGUAAGUAUAUUUUUGUAUUUUUGCUAUGAGGAAAUCCUUCCUCUUUCUUCCAACAAAUAUGAUGGAAAAUUCUGCAGACUGUUCACCUUUGGAAUGUCUGCAGAACAUGAUUACUUCAUUAGCAAAUUGUAGCUUCUACCUCCAACCAUCAUAUUCAACUGUUUAUACCUAUGACUGUUACACUGACAAGCUCGAUCAGCAUUGUAGUUGAAAAUUCGAAAUCAGAGAAACAUCCCAAUUUUACAGAUCACUGGCGUUGUUGGAAAAUUUCACGUUGUUUCAUACCCUACGGUGCUUCCUGGUUGUCUGCUGGAUGAAGAUGCGAUUGCUUGGGUUUUGAGAAACAUCUACUCUGUGAGGUCGGCUUAUCAUGUGCUCACUGAUGACGCUGGCCAGGAAAGAAACCUGAGAGUGGCUUGUGCAGCUUGCUCGACUGGCACUAAAGUGGUAAAUUACCCGAAUAGAAGAAGGUGUGGAAGCUAAAAGUGCACAGAUAGUUCUCAAUUUCUGGUGGAGAGCUCUGCAUACUUUCAAGUAGGGGAUGGAAGGCCGCUCACCAGCAGGAGAUGGAGCAGAGAAGUUCUUUCCGCUCUGCAUUUCGCCCUUGUGUUACUAGCUGGCCCUUGUGUACACGCCAUUGGCCAACUCAACCAGCCAAUGGUGCCACUGGAUCUGGUAUGGGCCGCACGCAGAGAUCAUCAGGCAGCAAUUUGAGAUGGUUGUUCCAUGGCUGGUACAGAACAGAUCACCAUCUUUCCUUAUUUGAUAUUCUCAUUUUACAUUUCUGCUUGUUUGCUGGUUUAUUUUAUUUUCAAAAAAUUCGAUGGUCCAUGGCUGGCACCUGGCAGGAUUGGGCUCAAUCAUGAAGAUUUGAAGGCCAAUCCUUCCAGUGCGGAUUUAUUUUUGUGACGAAGCUUACGGCUGUGUUGAUGGAUCAUAUAGAAGGUUCAACGUACAGUUUUUAAAUUUCUUCAGCACACAUUGGCUGGGAGAGGGAGUAGUUCAUAGCGUUUUUCAUACUGGGAGAUUCCCAAAGCACAUAUGUUCGUGGACCGUUGCUCAUAUGAGUUAGUACAUUUCUAGCUUGUAUGGUCGCUCCGUCAGAAUACUAAUUCCCGUUUUCUUUUUAUGGACGCUCUGCUGGCGGCGGCGUCCUCCCGAUAACCGGCUGGAGCCCCUCAUCCGCCUCCUGCACCUGCACGCCAUCAAGAAGCAGAGCAAUCAAUCAGUAGGCUUGGUUCCAAGGACAGAGUUCCCAGCAGAUGGAUGGUGCUCUUAAUCACCACCUCCGCACAAGAGGUUCCGGCACCAUGACCACAUUCUGCACCUGCUUCAUCGUCGUGGCCAUCUGCUCCUCCUGCCGGAGGCCACGAAGGUGACGACGCUGCCACGCUGGCCACUAGUCCAGCCCGUGGCAUCAGGGUAGGGCCCGGCCCAGACGGGCUGCGGCGUGGCUCCGCCUGCAGCCACCAUGAUCACAGGCUCCUCUCAGACCUCUGUGUGGUGCAGCGCGCUCCAAGACAAGGAGGGCAUACUCGGCAUGAGUCUAUGUGGACUUGUCCGUCCGCGCCGGGCUGGUCGCCAGCCCCUGCGAGAAAGAGCUCCCCCGCGGCUUCAAAAGGGUGAGGUUGUUGGAUUCCGGCCGCCGCCGGAAGCCGCUCGACGAAAUAAAAAAGAGACGGGGAAAAGAUAUACACUGAAUUGACAGAUGGGACCCAGGUCUCCUCCUAAGGAGUGAGUCGUCGAAGGGUGGACUGACGAGCUGGUAGACUCGUUAAGCUUGUGUAGUCGUGUUUGUAAGCUUGUUAAGGGGGAAAGAGUAACGCUACAAAUAAUUAAAGGUUGAGGUAAA